AUGACGCAUCCCACCCGUGCCAUUGCGCCCAUCAUCCUCCAAGACUACUUGCAAAUCAGGUAUCGAGCCCGGGAGGAGACCCGCUACACUGCUGAGAUGAUCGAUGCAUGCUUCGCCAGGGCUCAAUGCCUCCAGCUUCAGGAGCGUGUCAAUGUGGGAGAUCAGAUUGCUGUGACCUCGUACUACGCUGGUCACGUGUUAGGGGCUGUGAUGUUCUUAAUCGAAGCGGGUGGGUCAAGUGUGCUGUACACCGGGGACUUUACUACCGUGCCGGACCAUCACCUCAGCGCUGCCCGGCUACCGUUUGGACUAAGACCAGAUGUGAUGAUCACAGAGACGACGUGUUGCACCACGGUCAGAAGUUCCAAGCGGAUGAAGGAGUACGAACUUUGCUGCAAGGUUCAAGAGUGCUUGGAGAAGGGCGGCAAGGUGCUUGUGCCACUGCUAAUGAUGGGCCGCAGCCAAGAAAUUUGCAUGAUCCUGGAAGAGCACUGGUCUCGAACAUCUCUGGCCCAUCCAAUUUUUGUGAUAAAGGGAUCUGCGCAGAAGGCGCGAGUUCUUUUUCAGCUCUUUGCAUCUUGGGGUAGCCAGAAGGUACGCGCAUCCGAGAAACCCUUUGAAUUUCCCCAUGUUCGAUUUGUGGAUUUGGAUGAGAUUCUGGGAUGGACAAAGCCAGCCGUGAUGUUGGCCGGACCUGCUAUGAUGGAGGGAGGAGCCUCGUUGCAAAUCUUCAAGUCCAUGGCUCCGGAAAGCAAAAACCUUGUGGUCAUCCCUGGCUACUGCCUCCCUGGUACUGUAGGCAAUCUCGUGCAGGCCAAGAGCAAGAAGAUUCAGCUCAAAGAUGAAGUGGUGCACGUGAAGUGUGAGGUGGAGACCGUGGUGCAUUCGGAUCACACGGAUUCCCGUGGCAUCUUGGAGUUGAUUUCUCAAGUCUCGCCGCAGCAGGUUGUUCUGGUGCACGGAGCGGAAUCCCUCAUGAAGACCUUUCAACCCAUUGUGAAGAAGCGCUUGCGAGUGCCAUGCUUUAGCCCUUCCGUUGGAGAAACAGUGGAACUCACGGCUCCACCAGCAGUGCAGGCUUCUGCCAGCACUGCACUGCUCCUGAACGGAGAGGUGGUGCCGCCCCCACCAGUGCUUGGUUCUUUGCCAGCCAUGCACGGAGCAACACCUUUCGCAGCCACCUUCUCUGGAUUGCUAAGAAAACGUGGUAGAGACGUGUUCGAGCUUCACCCUCGCUCAGAAGAGGGUCUGGAGCAGUGCGGCCUCAAGGCGCACAGAGUUCGCUUUAGCCAUCAAUGCAUGGUUUCACCAGCUGCCUUCCAAGAAGCUUGGAGUAUCCUGGAUCCGGAGAGCUCGGCCGGCCACACGGACCCUGGCCCCUUGGAGCUGGAAUCGAAAGGGGUGAGCUGCACCGUCUCCAGGGAGGCUGAGCAGAUCAACGUCUCAGUACUUUGGGAUCGCGAAGCUGACAAGGAUGCCAAUGUGUGCUCAUUCUUGAAGGCAUUGGGUGCGGGCUGA